UGCCCCUGGCCCGCGGCCCCGCUGCGCCGCCCGCCCUCCCGCUUCGCCGGGCUCGCCUGCCCUCAGCUGCACGGCCGGGGCCCGGCCCGCGGGCUCGGCCCCUUCCCCGCGCCCCCCGCGCCGCCGGCGCUCGGGGCCGAGGAGGAGGACGAGGAAAGAGUGCCGCUGGCGGAGAUCUCGCUGAUGAACAAGCUGAUCCACACGUCCCUGGUGGAGUCCGACCAGCACGUGGAGAUCCUGCAGCGGGACCCCAGCUCCCCGCUCUUCUCCGUCAAGACCUUCGAGGAGCUGCCCCUGAAGAGGGAGCUCUUGCGGGGGGUUUACAUGAUGGGCUUCAACAGACCAUCCAAAAUCCAGGAGCAGGCUCUACCGCUCAUGCUGGCGUACCCGCCCCAAAAUCUGAUUGCCCAGAGCCAGUCAGGGACAGGGAAAACAGCAGCUUUUGUCUUGGCCAUGCUGAGCAGAGCCAAUGCCAACGAGAAAUACCCGCAGUGCCUCUGCCUGGCUCCCACCUAUGAGCUGGCCCUGCAGAUUGGGCAGGUGGUCCGGACCAUCGGGAAGUUUUGUACUGACAUCAAGGUGAACUACGCUGUCCGGGGAAACCGAAUUCCGAAGGGCACGGUGCUGGAGGAGCAGAUCAUCAUCGGGACGCCGGGCACCACGCUGGACUGGUGCUUCAAGCAGCGCAUCCUGGACCUGACGAAGAUCUCCUUGUUCGUGCUGGAUGAGGCCGACAUCAUGAUCGACACGCAGGGCCUCUCCUGCCAGAGCAUCCGCAUCCACAGGGCUCUUCCCAAGAGCUGCCAAGUGCUGCUGUUCUCGGCGACCUUCAAGGAACCCGUGCGGGCCUUUGCCGAGCGGAUCAUCCCCGACCCCAUCGUGAUCAAGCUGCGCGAGGAGGAGCUCACGCUGAGCAACAUCAGGCAGUACUUCAUGGUGUGCCAGAACUCAGAAGAGCAGUACAAGGCCCUCUGCAACCUCUACGGCAGCUUCACCAUCGGCCAGGUCAUGAUCUUCUGCCAGACCCGGAGGCUCGCGGACUGGCUGUCGGAGAAGAUGAGCCGGGACGGGCACCAAGUGGCCACGCUGACAGCAGAGCUGACGGUGGUCCAGCGGGCCAGCGUCAUCCAGCGCUUCCGCGAGGGCAAGGAGAAGGUCCUCAUCGCCACCAAUGUCUGCGCCAGAGGAAUCGACGUGCAGCAGGUCACCACCGUGGUGAACUUUGGCCUCCCCAGGGAUUUGGAUGGAGAGCCGGAUUUUGAGACCUACCUGCACCGGAUUGGGAGGGCGGGACGCUUCGGGCACCGCGGCAUCGCCUUCAGCAUGGUGGAGAACGAGACCGUGGAGCUCGUGCACAAGAUAGAGGAGCAUUUCCAGACCAUGAUCAAGCAGCUGGACCCGUACGACAUGGAUGAGCUCGAGAGGCUUGCAGCUGAGUGAGGAGCGGGGAUUCACUCCCCCAAAUCCAAGUUCUGGUUCAUGACAGGAGGAAAAGUUACAGGGGAAAACUUCCCGGUUCUCUUGUGUUCUGAAGCUGUUGAGUUUUGUUGUGUUGCCUGAGGGGAGGCCGGGGCAGACCUCAUCCCGCUAGAUGGCAGCAGGAAUCCACCGCUGCCAUCCCGAAUCCCGGGGCCGAUAUCCAAGUGUUUGGGGUCCUGGUGGUGCAGGGAGCGAGAUUGGACCCCUGGAGGUCUGAAAUUCAAAUGUUCGGGGUCCCAGCAGUGCGGAGAGAGUUGUUGGACCCUGGGGUCCCAAAAUUCAAGCAUUUGGGGCCCCAGCAGUUUAGGGAAAGAGGUUGGACCCUGGGAGCGGCUUGUCCCCAGCCCAGGGCUGUGUUUGUGCCUUUGUUAAUCUUUAAUAAAUAAAUGGUUUGUAAUCCUCA